AUGUCAUUAGUAGAUCUUGGUCAGCAACUUACCCUUUAUGUUACGUAUUUUGUUCUUAUCAUAGGUAUAAUUGGUAAUGGAAUAAAUAUUAUCAUCUUUUUAACUAAGCCAACUUAUCGAACAACUCCUUGUACAUUUUAUUUUCUUAUUGGUUCCAUAACCAAUUUUAUCUAUAUAAUAAUUAAUUUCCCUUCUCGUAUUGUCACUGGUUAUGGAUUUGAUUUAACUCGUACUUCAGUAAGUUGGUGCAAGGCAAGACAAUGUUUGGUUAGUACACUCAGUUUAAUAACUUUAACUUGUUCAUGUUUGGCAACAAUUGAUCAAUUUCUUGUUACAUCUCAAAAUGUUAAUCUUCGUCGACGCAGUAAUAUUAAAUGGGCACAUCGAAUUGUAUUGAUUGUCAUCAUUAUUUGGUGUCUUCAUGGAAUUCCUAUUGUUUUAUUCCGUAACAUUUCACCUAUCAGUAAAACAUGUACGUUCACUAACGUUGUAUAUGCCACUUACAUACCGAUAUAUUAUAUUGUCAUUCUUUCUGGCACUCCAGUCUUAAUAAUGACCUUUUUCGGAUGUUUAACUUACCGUAAUAUUCGUGAAACACGAAUACUUGCUCAACAACAGGCUGAUCGUCAAAUGGUAAAAAUGACUUUGGUUCAAGUAAUACUUGUUGUGAUUUGUAUCACUCCAUAUGGUAUUGAUAAUGCGUAUGGUUUAAUAACAUCAAACGCUCAAAAAGAUGCAACUCAAUUAAUGAAUGAAAAUUUUGUUGUAACAGUAGUUACUUUGUUAUCCUCUUUCUACUGUUCGGGAAGUUGCUAUAUGUUUUUGAUUUCAUCAAGUAGUUUUCGUCGAGCUGUAAAAGAUCGGAUAUUUUGGUGGCGAAGAGCAAAUCGAAUUAAUCCAUUCCAAGCUGCUACAGUUGGAAGAGCAAGUUAG